AUGGGCUUCGCAAACAGCUCCUACACAAGGUUCGCGACGCCGCCUCCGUGCGCCCCUCUUCUCUCUUCCCGCGCCAAUCAGCCGACCAUGAAUCCCGCCGCAUCGCACCAGUCGUCGCGCUCGUUAGGCGCAUCCGCCGCGCCGCUCUACCCCUCCGCGCCACCCUUCCCGCCCACCGCAUCCGCUCCCCCGCCCUCCGCCGCCUCUUCUACCAUCUCCUACCCCGCCCUCCCCUCUUCUUCCGCGCGCUUCCCCCCCUCUUCCGCCGACCCGUCGUACUCUUCCGCACCUCUGCACAUGCCGUCCCACCACCGUCCCCCGUCCUCCCCCUCCGCCUACUUCCCCCGCUCCCCCUCUUCCGCCUCCGCCUCGUCCUCCUCCAUGAGCCUUGCGCGGAACGUCGGGCGCGGCAUCUGCGCGUCGUGUCUGGCGGCGUCGCUCUUCGCCGCGCUCGUCUGCACGUCGCUCCCGCUCGCCACGCUCCUCGUUUGGCGGCUCGCGCCCACCCCCUUCGACCAGACCCGCCCGCUCCUCUUCGAUUUCCGCCAGCCUGAGCCUUUCGCCGUCGCCUCUUUCCUUCCGCGCCCGCACACCCUCCUCCCGCCCCCGCCGGAGCCCCCCGCCUCGUCUUCCGCCUCUGCAGGCGCGCACUCCGCCUCGUCCGCUUCCGCUUCCGCUUCCGCGGGGCGGUUCUUCUCCGCGGCUCCCCCGCGCCUGCUGCAGCGCAACCAGCGCUACGAGGCGGUUCUCCGCCUGCGCCUCCCCGAAUCAGACCACAAUCUCGCGCUCGGCAUGUUCCAGAUCUCCGCGCACGCGCUUUCCGCCGAUCACGCCGUUCUCUCCGCCAACUCCCAGCCCGCCACUCUCCGCUUCAGCAGCCGCCCCAUUCGCGCGCUCCGCACGGCGGUGCUCGCGUUCCCGCUCCUCUGGGGCUUCCGCGAGGAGGCGCAGCGGAUCGAGCUGCGCGUGCUGCGCGGAGUCGAGGGGAAAGCGCCCGUGGCGGCGGUGCGCGUGAUGCUUGCGCCCAAGGCGGGCGCAGGGCCAGGCGCGGGGCUUCCGCAGAUCUACGACGCGGAGCUGCGCCUGCGCGCGGUUCUGGGGGGCGCGGGGGGGCUGUGGCUGCUGGCGUGGCGGGUGAUGCUAUUCACUAUGUGCGCAGCUGGGAUAUUCGGUAUGCAGGCCAUGGUGCUGCUGGUGUGCUGCGGUGGCGUGAUCAUACGGCUGCUGUGGCAGGGCGGAAACAAGGAGAGGGACGACGGGAGGGGCGGCGGGAGCAUGGGGAGAUUAGGAAGGAUGGGGAGCAUGGGCGAGGUUGCGGGGAGAAGGGAUGGUGAGGAGAGAGAGCAGAGAGAGGAGAGGGGCAUGAUCUUCCUGCUCUCUGCCCGUCCGUCCGCUCCUCUUGCAGCCCCUGCUGCUCCGUCUCCUUCUCCUGCUGUUGCGGCUGCCGCUCCCUAUGGCCGGAUUUCAGCAGAGGAGGCGUCUGAGGAGGUGCUAAGGCCGGUAUUCAUGCAGGGGGAAGGGGAGAGAGGCAGGGGGAAGGGCAAGGCAGACGAGGGGGGCGAGGGGGACGGUGGGGGGAUGGACGUUCUGAGAGAUGAAGGGGCGAUUGCGGGGAGAGUCCGGGCGUGGAUGGGUGAAGGUAGCAGCAGCAGCAGCAGCAGCAGCAGCCUCGGCAUCGGCCCUACUACCCCUGUUUCUGCUGCCCAUGCUGCCCCUGCUGCCGCCUUGCACGCUCCUCGGUAUCCCCCUAUUGGCCUUGCACCUGCUGCGGCCCCUCCUCUUGGUCGACCCCUUGGGGAUGUGGGCAGGGAUGGGGCGGAGGGAGGGGGAGCGGGAGCGGGAGUGGGAGUGGGACUGGGCGUGGGCUUGGGAGUGGGUGAAGGCGGGGAGGAGGGGGGGAGUGACGAGGAGAUAGAGUCGCUGCUGGCAGCAGGGAAGCAGCUGCUGCAGGCACGGGGCCGACAGGCAGUGGCGGAAGGGGAGGGGCGGGAGGAGGAAGAGGAGGAGGAGGAGGAGGAGGAGGAGGAGGAGGAGCGGGGAGGAGGAGAGGCGUGGAGGCCUGGGCUGAGGCAGAGAUGGGUGGGGGUGGGACGAUCGGGGGGGCAAUCGGUGACAGCAGCGCCAGCAGUGGCAGCAGAAGCAUUAGGUCCUGUGGGUGGACUGCCAGUGGCAGGGGCCGUGGGCACGUGGGGCGUGGCAGAUGCUGUGAGUGCGUCCCAUGCUGCUGCUGACGCUGCGUUUCGAUCGGGGGUCGUGGCCGCAGGUGCCGCUGCUGGGAGGGGUGGUGCUGCGAUGGGGCUUAAAGGGGGGGCUGUGGGGGAGGGGGGAGGAGCGGCGUGGGGAACGAGGGGAGUUGGAGAGGUGGGGCGUGGUGGAAGUGAGGAGUGGGAGGAGGAGGAAGAGGAGUAUGAAGAAGAGGAGGAAGAUGAGAGUGAUGAGGAAGAGGAAGGGAGGAGAGAUGAAUCGGAGUUGGGGGUAGAGGAGGAGGAGCAGGGAGAGGAGGGGGAUGAUGGAGAGUGGGAGGAUGUGAGAGAGGGUGAAAGUGGGGAGGAGGAAGAGGAGGAAGAGGGGGAAGAGAGGGAAGAGGAGAGGAUGAUAGGGAGGGUGGAUGCAGCUGCUGCUGCAGCAACAGCUGCAGUGGCAAUGGUAGGGCUGGGGCAGGAGAGGAGACAGAAGCAGGGUGAGAAGGAGAAAGACAAAGGAGGGAGUGUGUGGGUUCUAGGGGCUGGAGCAGCGGAGUGGGAUGAGGGUGAGAGUGAGCACGGGGAGCCAGGAGGAAAAGAAGAGAAGAGGGCGGCGGGUAGGUAG